AUGUUGAGACAAUCGUUGCGGACGAUGGCCACCGAGGCGGCGCUGGUGUUCCACACGGCCACCCCGCCCAAGUACACGUUGGCGCUGCUCCGGAGCUUCCCGUCGCUCGAGCCCCACACCUUCAUCCCCCUCCCGGCGCUGUUCUUCACGGCGCCGUUGCGCCGGGACUUCCUCUGGCAGGCGGUGGUGUACGAAGCCGACAAGGCCCGGGUGGGGCUGGGCUACGUCCCCACUAAGGGCGACAAGCCCUUCUCCAACCGCAAGUUGUACAACCAAAAGGGUACCGGUAAGGCGCGUGUGGGUGACGCCAACUCGCCCACCCGUGACAACGGCCUCAAGGCGCACGGGAUCAAGGCGCCCCACGACUGGCUGACCCAGUUGCCGGCGAAGAUCUACUCCAAGGCGUUCCAGCACGCGCUCGCCGAACAGUACAAACAGGGCAAGUUAUACGUUAUUGGCGCCGACGGCAACGAGUUCGACUCGGCGCAGUGCGAGUUUGCCUACGACCACCCCGCCACUGCUCGCCAGUUUGUUGAGGCGCACGGGCUCGAGAAGUUGAGCCUUUUGUUUAUCACCGACGGUGUGCGCCCGAACUUGUUGAACGCUACCGAGGCGUUGGGCAAGAAGGCCGACGUUCUCGUCAAGGAGGCGGUCGAGGUCCGCGACAUCUUGCGGGCGAACCGGGUGUACAUUGAGUUGCCGGCGUUGCAAUGGUUUAUUGGUAAGCACUCCCACGAAUGA